AUGUUUAGCGCAAGAAUAGUCGUGCCAAUUGGCAAGCAGAUUAUCAGAUCGUACUCCCAGACAGCUGCACGGCCCAGACUCUCGUACGUUCCGUUGUAUGCAAUUGCUUUCGCCGCUGGUUUGGGCCUAUCUUACAAGUAUUCUGCCCAGGAGAUAGUGGACCAGUUCAUCACUACCCCAUUGCCAACCACACCACAAGAGACAGAGAAAUAUCAGCAGGAGUUGGAGAAGAAGUUGAAACAGGUGCCAGUCGUUGCCGAGCUGUCCAAAGACCCGAAAUAUGUGGCCACACGCGCGUGGAACCAGUUAGACACCGUCAAGGACGGCAUCCAUCAGAGACUGAACACGCCUGGAUCCAUUGCGAUUGCACCAAUCACGUUCCACAACCAGGAGUCCGGGGAGUCUGUCAGUGUUAUCCAUUUGGGAAAAAAACUUUGUGGAUAUCCUUUUCUGGUCCAUGGUGGUAUUAUCUCGCUGGUGAUCGACGAAACAUUGAAGAAACACUGCAUGCUACAAAAUGGGCUGACAGACCCAGCAAAGGUCCACACGAAAAACCUUACUCUAAACUAUAAAUUCCCGACGCUCGUCGACAGCUUCGUGGUCAUCAAAUCCAAGGUCGGUCUUGUCGAGAACGGAGAAGUCGAGGUAAAGGGCCUCAUGCUGGCUGGGAAUGGUAAAAGAACACUGGUCAAGGCGAGCGCGAAAUUUGUUCCAGCGCGCACCAAGUGGUUUUUUGGCCUAUUCUAGGGGAAGCACUGGCCGUCUCCAAGAAUCACACAAUCGAGUUUUUCGUCAUGGGCCUCUAGGGGAAGCGUCUGCUCUAGCUGUUCUGCGAGCCCAAUUCCCAGCAGAUACGGUUUCUCGCUGUAUUUUUCGUGAUAUCUUUUGAUGAAGUCGUCAUAGAAGCCCACGCCGUGUCCGAGCCGGUCGCAGUUCGGCGUAAAUGCGAGUCCCGGCAUGACCAUGAGAUCUAGCCGAGUGUUGCUAAGCAGGAGGUCGUUCACCACCUUUCCGCGCGCAAACUUGAACGCUGGCUCUCGCAAUUGGUAUUUUCCCUGCGGCUUCAUUUGCUCGAGAUCGUUUAGUUCUACUUCUAGAAAAUGCAAGCAGGAUUUCUGUUUUUCGUGUCGCUGGUAGUCUUGGAACUUGGAUAAGUGUGUGAUACGGGGCAAGUAAACACGCUUUCCGCGGUCAAGGGCAUCUCUGACCAGCAGAUCUGUCUUAAUUUCGGAGUUGUCCAUCGACAUGUACAGCGCUAUUGUCUGGGCGUUCUGAUACUGGGGCAACGCCGUGAGCUUCGCGAGAAGCCGCUGCGACUGCGCCAAAAGCUCCGACUGGCCUAGCUUGGCGAGUCGCUCUUUGAUCGUCCGGCGAAGUGCGGCUUUCAUAGCUCAACAGAUGACUCAACAAGCC